UUAAAACUUAAAACCCCAGAAACCCCUAAACCCUUUUUCCUUCUUGAAACAAAAAUGCCUUCAAAGAAGAAAAAAAACCCUAAAUCAAAACCCCUUUUCAAUUCAACACAAUCUCCGCACACUAAUUCAGAUUCAAGCCUUAAUAAUAGUAUCAACGACGAAAACGAUGAACAACAGUCACUAUUUCAGUCACUAGAAGCAAUUUCAACAAAAUAUCCAUCAUUUAUUGGUUCAUCUGCUUUAAUUUGUAGUGUAACUGAAGAUACUAAUAAUAAUGCAAUUGAAUCAAAAGGGUGUAAAGUUUGGGUGUCAGAAUCAUCAAUGGUUGCUUCUAAUAUCAAUCCUGGCUGUAUUGUUUCUGUUUCACUUGCUUCAUUAAGGAAAGAUGUAUCAGAUUACCCUCUUAGCUCAUUAGUCGAUGAAUGUGGCAGACAUUAUGGGUUCAAUGAGGAACUGAUUGAAGAAAUUGGGAACCAUUUCGUUCUAGCUACAGUUUUCCCUUCUUAUAAGGUUACGAAAAAUGGCGUGAGGUUGUCUUCUACCCUCUCAUCUGCAAUGGGCUUCCCAGGCUCUGGCAGGAUAAUUUUCAUUUAUCCUUUCAAUAAUGGGAAUAAUUCCCUUCCCAUAUACAAGUGUAAAGACCUACAUUUAUCCUUAAUUUAUGCAAAGAGUUCAAUUAGUACUAAAAGUUACAAAACGUCUCACAUUGAUUUUCCAUCUGAAAAUGGGAAUCUCUCAUCUCCAAAAACGCCAUCAGUGACCCACUCAAAGUUUAGUUCACCAUGUUCUAGCCAGCCGACUUCACCAAGGAUAACAGAGAAGUCAAUCUAUAUUGACCCUUCCUCCGAUUUUUGUAAUGUUAGAGAACUUUUGGAGGAUGAAAUUGGGAAGAAGCUUCUUCAGACUUGCACUACAUCGCUUUUGUGUUCCCGUCAUAUACUCUGUGGAAAUCUUGUUGUAAUUCCAAUACUUACUGAGCUUUGUCUUUUUAAGGUUGUUGCUGCAGAAAAAGUAUUUGAAAAUAGUAAUAAUGGGAAUUUGGAGAGAAGUAACGGUUUGAUUGUUCAAUCUUCAAAUAUAAAUGAAAAUGACAACCCUUUUAUGGUAGGCCAUGGAACAAAUGUUCAUUUGUUCUAUGGGAAAACAAAUUUUGAUCUAUGUAGUAAGGAUGGCGUAGAUAAUGAAGUAAUUGAUAAUUUAAAGUUGGGAGGCUUGUCAAAGGAGUACGCGGUUUUGAAGGAUAUUAUUGUUUCAUCAUCUAUUAGAAAUACUUUGUCAAGUAUGGGUUUACGCCCAACAAAGGGAGUGUUACUUCAUGGUCCUCCUGGCACAGGGAAGACUUCAUUGGCUCGAUUAUGUGUCAAUGAUGCUGGUGUCAGUCUCUUCACUGUAAAAGGCCCAGAAAUUGUCAGUCAAUACAAUGGUGAAAGUGAGCAAGCAUUGCAUGCGGUCUUUGAUUCAGCUACCAAGGCCCUGCCUGCUGUGGUCUUCAUUGAUGAGUUGGAUGCCAUUGCACCGUCACGCAAAGACGGUGGUGAAGAACUUUCUGAAAGAAUUGUUGCAACACUACUAAAUUUAAUGGAUGGAAUUAGCAGAACUGAAGGCGUUCUUGUUAUUGCUGCCACCAGUAGACCUGACAGUAUAGAGCCGGCACUCAGACGUCCUGGAAGACUUGAUAGGGAAAUUGAGAUAGGUGUGCCAUCUCCCGUCCAACGUCAUGAUAUAUUACAUACUUUGCUCAACCAAAAAGAACACUGUCUUUCAGAUAAAGAAGUUCAUCAUUUGGCUGUGACUACUCACGGAUUUGUGGGUGCUGAUUUGGCAUCUCUUUGCAAUGAAGCUGCCUUUGUUUGCCUUAGGCGCUCCAUUGGCAAGAUCCAUAAACAAAAUACAGCUCCUUUAUUUGAUAUGAAGGACUCAUAUUAUGGAAAUAAUUUGGUGGGUUCAGCUUUAUCUAAUUUAGAGGUGGAUUUCGGAAGUGUUGAAAGUAGUUGGAAGGGGGAAGAUUUUAGCGUGUCUUUUGAAGAUUUCGAGAAAGCAAGAAUUAAAGUUAGACCAAGUGCCAUGAGAGAGGUUAUACUCGAGGUUCCCAAGGUUAGCUGGAAAGACGUUGGUGGUCAAGAGGAGGUCAAAAUGCAGUUAAUGGAAGCUGUAGAAUGGCCUCAGAAACACCAGGAAGCUUUCAAGCGUAUCGGCACUCGACCACCAACGGGGGUCUUAUUGUUUGGUCCCCCAGGGUGUAGCAAAACCCUUUUGGCCCGUGCAGUUGCAUCUGAGGCGAAGCUCAAUUUUCUUGCUGUAAAGGGGCCAGAACUAUUCAGCAAGUGGGUUGGUGAAUCAGAAAAGGCUGUAAAGUCUCUGUUUGCAAAGGCAAGGGCUAAUGCUCCUUCGAUUGUAUUUUUUGAUGAAUUGGAUGGUCUUGCUAGUGUUCGUGGAAAGGAAAAUGACGGGGUUUCAGUUUCUGAUCGUGUUAUGAGUCAACUUCUUGUGGAAUUGGAUGGUUUGAAUCAACGAGUUAAUGUCACUGUAAUUGCUGCUACAAACCGGCCAGAUAAGAUUGACUCGGCCCUUUUGAGACCAGGACGUUUUGAUAGGCUUGUUUAUGUGGGCCCACCAAAUGAAAAAGACCGUAAGGAGAUUUUCCGUAUUCAUUUGGAUAAAAUGAAUUGCAGUUCUGAUGUAUGCAUUGACGAUCUGGCUUGUCUUACUCAAGGCUGUACUGGUGCUGACAUAUCUCUAAUAUGUCGCGAAGCGGCUGUUGCAGCUAUUGAGGAGAGUCAUAAUGCAUUGGAAGUAAGAAUGGGACAUCUAAGAUCUGCAAUCGUACAAGUACAGCCAUCGGAUGUAGAGUCUUAUGAGGUUUUGACUAGAAAAUUUCAGAGACUUGUGUCUGUUAACGAUGAUUUACUCUCUGAACCUUCCUCACCAAGAUUAACCUCAGUUUCUAGCUGGAACAUUUUCAAAUCCAUUGCAUCAUAUAUAUCUCGUUGAAUGGAAUUUAUAGUUGAUUUGGAGAUACAAGUACUUUGAAGUUUAAAGUAAGUGCUCAGCUUUGCCCAUGGAAACCAGAUUGCCAUACUCUCAGGUCUCAGCUGUGGUUUUUGUACUGCAUGGAGGGUCUACUUAUACAUGAUUAUAUUAUUUUCCAAAUGAUAGGCAAGUAUUAGAUUGUGAAUCUUGGUAGGGUAAUUAGUUAUCAGAUCAUGUUUUAGAAACGUCUAGCAAACAUAUACCGAGGAUCAGGGAUUUCACCCAAAUUCGAGAGCUGAGUUUUGAUAGUACAAAGGUUGGAACGGGAUGUUAUAACUGUGUUUUUUUUGUUUGCUUCCCUUGAACAACAAUAGCAACGAAUCUAUUGAUAUGAUAAAAGGGAUGCAAAAUAACAAAAGACGUGAUGUAUCAAAAGAUGUCAAUUCAAAUCCAAAAUAAAACUGUAGUUUCUGAAA